AUGGGCAAGUGGCGCUAUGGCGUUGUCCUGGACGCUGGCUCGUCUGGGACCCGUGUACACGUUUAUCGCUGGCUGCGCAAUGUGGCCGCGCGCAAGGACGCCGAUCCGUUGGAACUGAAGUCGUUACCGGAAAUCAAGACCAAGGAUAAAUGGGUCAAGAAGAUUCAUCCCGGUGUCUCCUCCUUCGCCGAUAGACCCGAAGCCGUCGGAUCCGAGCAUCUGGCGGAUCUUUUGGAGCAUGCGAAGAGCAUCAUCCCCAAGGAGGAUGCCAAGGAUACCCCGAUCUUCCUUCUCGCGACGGCGGGCAUGCGACUCCUUGGGAACCUCGAACGACAACUCCUACUCGACCAGAUUUGCUCCUACGCACGCGCGAACACCGAUUUCCUGCUCCCCGACUGUGGAGUUCAUAUUCAAGUGAUCCCCGGCGUGACCGAAGGACUCUACGGAUGGAUUGCGACCAACUAUCUCAUGGGGACGUUCGACUCUCCCGACAAACAUAACCAUGGGAAAGGACACAGCACCUAUGGAUUUUUGGAUAUGGGAGGCGCAUCCGCCCAGAUUGCUUUUGCGCCAAACGCUACCGAAACGGAAAAACACGCCAACGAUUUGACACUCAUGCGAUUGCGGAAUAUCGAUGGCUCGGUUCAAGAGCACCGAGUCUUUGUGACUUCGUGGCUGGAGUUCGGCGUGCACGAAGCUCGCCGGCGUUACGUGGAAGCCUUGCAGACAGCGACGGGAGCAGACAUUCGUGAACUACCGGAUCCAUGUCUUCCAAGUGGCCUACGUACAACGUUGAAUGGAAAGGAUGUUUCAUCCAUCAACGACGCGGGCACCACUUUGCUGGGUACGGGAAGAUUCGACGAGUGCCUACGUCAAACUUUCCCCUUGCUGGACAAGGAUGCUCCUUGUAUGGAUAAUCCAUGUCUCCUCCAUGGUAUCCACGUUCCGGCUAUUGACUUUGAUGUCAACCACUUCAUUGGGAUCAGCGAGUACUGGCAUACCACUCAUGAGAUCUUUGAAAUGGGUUAUAAGGAUAAAGCAUAUGACUUCAACACCUACCAAGAGCGUGUCAAUACGUUCUGUUCGCAGGACUGGAGCUCCAUCGAGGCUGGUAUUCAAGCACACAAGUGGGGCAAGAAGGUUGACUCUCAAAAGGCCUACGAAGUAUGCUUCAAGGCGUCGUGGAUCAUCAAUAUGCUGCACGACGGCAUUGGGAUUCCUCGCGUCGGUCUUGAAGACACUUUAGGUUCCUCUCACAAUGGCACCAAAGAACUUCUGUCUCAUGGCCAGGAGAAGGGCUACCUCGAUGCUUUCCAAGCAGUGAACAAGAUCGACUCGACCGAAGUGAGCUGGACCUUAGGCAAGAUCGUCUUGUACGCCUCAUCUCAGGUUCCCACGGAAGCGGAAGAGGCCAUGCCAGUCGGCUUCGGCAGCAAUGUUGCGGGUGUUCCCGCUGACUUCCAGUAUCCCAGCGUGGAGCUGCUUCCGGAUUCCGAAGGCUUCCACAGCGAACAUUGGCAUGAUGCCCUGUUUGAUGGCGACUCGCCCCGGCGAAUCCCUGGGUUGCUUCUGUUCCUGUUCAUUAUCGUACUCGCAUGCUUCUUCCUGUGUGGACGCAGCCGCCGCUUGCGAAUGUACCACAACAUUAAUAAGCUGCUCCGUCGCGGGCCCUCUCAUCCCAAUCACCCAAAGAAGCGAAAGGGGCUGGGAAGCAUGUUACCGUUCUUGAAUCGCGGUGGCCAAAUGUACGAGCGCGUCUUGGAGGACGGUGCUCAUGACUUUGAACUAGGCGUCACGGAUUCCGAUGGAUCGGACGUGGAUGCCGGUCGUCCUUCUGAGACCGAUGCCAAUCCCCGGCCGCCCAAGCGAACGUCCAGUUGGGGCAGCAGCAGCAAUCCGCCGGGCCUGAAGUACACGCUCGACAAUAGCUCCUCGGGCACCAUCGGCUUGGGGAUCAGUGGUGAUUCGGGCAUUAACAUGGAUCGAGCAGGUUUGGUGGUGAGGACCGAGAGCCGGGAUCAUUUGGCUCCCAUUGCUCUUGGGCCCACCACCAACGGCCGACGAUCCAGAGCUGGCAGUCCCACGCGAUCUCACCAUCAAAAAUCGCCAAGUAUGACGCCCCUCGCCGAUGAUUAA